AUAAAUAGGGAUUGAGGGAGUAUUUUCUUUUUCUUUUCUAUCCUUCUUACCCUGUGAAUUAAAUGCAAAAUUGUUGUGUUAAUGCUGAAAACUUGUGAGUAUCUACUGUUGAUGAUUUCUCUUUGCCUAGUGAACUAUGAUAAAUUGGGAGGAUCGGAACUUUAUGUUUUCCGUGGGAACAGCAGUUGAUACAUAGUGCCCACCACGUGUUUGAUAAUUUGCCACUUUGAUAUUUACACCUAUUUGACGAAGUCUUAGUAGCUAAAAGGCGUAUUGGUGGUUUCUUAGGAUUAAUAUUGAGGUGUUACAUAUGUUUUAGCUGUAGGUUGAGCUAAAUGUCAGCAUCACACGAUUGUGACGUUGCGCUCAUGUGUUGUCCUAUAUUCAGUUGGAAACUUUUGCUGAAAAAAAUCUAUGGUGUUAAGCAUGACUUUGUUUCAAUAAUACACUUGGAUUUGUGAGUGAAAUAAUGUGCUUCUCAUUAGGAUCAUUUCAUGCACUUGGAUGCUUAGAUCCUACUAUUCUUGCCUUGUCGGAGUACUAUUUUUGCCCUAGUCAUCCCGUUUUGAGCCUUUUAUACCUUUUUGUUGGCAUCCAAGUACUAAGCCGUGCACCUUUUGAUAUUUAUUAUCUUUUCCAAGUUUGAAGAAGAAGAAGAAAAUAGAAGUAUGCUUGAAAUAAGAAAGAGUUGGGUUGAUUGGGCAUUGGAAGAUAAUGGAAAGUUGGGUACUUCAUGGAAAAUAAAGGAAGGAAAGAAGGUCUAGCUAGCUCAAGUAUUUGUGAUGGUUAAGGAAAUUUGAGUCACUUUUAUCCAUAUUUAUCCUACGAUGCCUGAAUCCUAUGAUGCCUGAAGCCUAUUUUACAACCCCAUUUAAGUCUUUGAUCUCAAACCAAGCGCUCUACAUUAGUGGGGAAAUACAAGACGGGCAAGCCUAUGGUACCAUACUUGUUUGCCUAAACCGCGAUGACAUCUAACCAAAUCCAUUAGGUGAACCCACUUCCCUUGUCCCAAAAAGAACAAUUACUGAUUUUAGCAUAGAGCUGAUACUGUAAAAUUGUAUCAAAACCUGUCUUGGGGCUGUGUAAAUGCUCAUCUAAUACCUCCUGUAGGUUAGUACAUUAUUAAAGAAAAAUACUACACACAUUUACGUGAAGUAAGGCUUGAAGAUAGUGUUCAUUGAGCUUUGAAACGUGGCAUCCACCAAAAACAUGUAAUGCCCUCCAUGAGUUUUGAAAGCUUUUUGGAGAUAACCUUAGUUUCCAUUCUCAGUUGAUGGAACCUUAGUUUCUAUUCUCAGUUGAUGGCUACCUUCUUCCCUAAUCCACCUUAGAAAUUAUCUUGACGCACUCAAUUUAUCUAGUAAGUCCUCGAUGAAUGGUAUGGAAAACUUAUGCUCCACUGUGCAUCUGUUUGAGUCCUUGUGGUCCACAUACACACACCAAUAAUCCUUUAUCAAAACAAAGAGAAAACGCCAAUAACCAACUUUCUUUCCAACCAAAACAAACAGAUGAUGUGCAAAGGGCAGCUACUUGGUUGUACUAUUCCCUGCUCCAAUAUGACUUGCCCAGUUGGUACCAACGAGUCAAUUACCAAAUAUAAAGGUAUCAGCUCAGGAACUAUACUGGGUAUGUUGGUGGUGGUGGUGAUGGCGGUGAUGUCUGGGACAACUCACUCACAUCGCUACUAAUCCUCCAGAUGUGGACAUGAUCAGAAUUGGUGCUGAGUUCUGCCGUGUGAUUAAUCCUGUGCUAGUGCACCAUCAAAAGGAUAUCUCUCAUUCUGCGCUAAUGACUUGUGAGAGAUUUUGUUUGUCUUGCAAAGCUUCGAGUACAUCACAUGAGAACAUUGAGCCCAAAAUCUGCCCACCCAAUUUUCAAACUCAUAGAACAAUGCAAAAACAUAGCCACCCUCAAACAGGUGCAUGCUCACAUGAUCACAACUGGGCUUAUUCUCCACACUUACCCUCUCAGUCGCAUUCUCAUUUCAUCCUCCACCAUAGCUGCCACCAUUUCCCAUGCUCUAAGCAUCUUCAACCAUGUAACAAAUCCAACAAUCUUCCUUUUCAACACCCUCAUCUCAUCGUCGCUUGCUGGGAAAGAAGAUGAUCAAACUCACUUUGCCUUAGCCCUUUACACUCGUAUUCUGACGCAAACCACUCUCAUACCCAACAGUUACACCUACCCUUCUCUUUUUAAGGCUUGUAGUUCUCAACCAUGGCUUCAACAUGGCCGAGCCUUGCACACCCAUGUCUUAAAAUUUCUUGAGCCACCUUAUGAUCAUUUUGUUCAAGCCUCAUUGCUUAAUUUCUACUCCAAGUGCGGCGAAUUGGGUAUUUCAAGAUUCCUCUUUGAUCAAAUUACUGGACCUGAUCUAGCUUCUUGGAACUCCAUACUUGCAGCUUAUGCACAUAAUAAUUCUGUUUAUUAUGAAUUCAACCUUGAUAAUGUGUAUGAUAGUUCUAGUUUAUCAUUGGAGGUUUUGCUUCUGUUUAGUCAAAUGCAGAAAUCUUUGACUCGUCCUAAUGAAGUUAGUUUGGUGGCGUUGAUUAGUGCUUGUGCUGAAUUAGGUGCACUUAGUCAAGGAGUGUGGGCUCAUUCUUAUGUGCUUAGGAAUGGUCUCAAUCUCAAUCGUUUUGUUGGCACAACAUUAAUCACCAUGUAUGCAAAUUGUGGGCGUCUCGAUUUUGCUCGCCAGGUGUUCAAUCAAUUGCUCGAAAGAGACACUUUUUGUUAUAAUGCCAUGAUUAGAGGACUUGCAGUUCACGGCCUUGGUCUGGAAGCCAUCGACCUUUUCAAGAAAAUGGAUUUAGAAGGUUUGGUUCCCGAUGAAGUAACAAUGUUAGUUCUAAUGUGUGCUUGCUCUAAUGUGGGAUUUGUUGAUCAAGGCUGCAAUUUUUUUUUGUCAAUGAAGGAGGAUUAUGGCAUUGAGCCUAAGCUUGAGCACUAUGGGAUCUUAGUGGACCUAUUCGGUCGAGCAGGCCGAGUAAAGGAGGCUGAGGAAAUAGUUCAGACCAUUCCUAUGAAGUCAAAUGCAGUUCUUUGGAGGUCCUUACUUGGAGCUGCUAGAGUUCAUGGUAACUUAGAGGUAGGCGAAUCAGCUUUGAAACAAUUGAUACAGCUAGAGCCAGAGACUAGUGGGAAUUAUGUGUUAUUAUCGAAUAUGUACGCUAGCUUGAACAGGUGGGAUGAUGUCAAAAAUGUAAGGAAGUUGAUGAAAGAUCAGGGGACUGACAAAGCUCCUGGUAGUAGCAUUGUCGAUAUUGACGGUGCUUUGCACCAGUUCCUUGCUGGCGAUAAGACUCAUCCAGAAUCGAAAUGGAUAUAUGUGAAGCUGGAUGAAAUGCACAGAAGGCUGCAAGAACAUGGUCAUAAGUCAGGAACAAGAGAAGUUUUGUUUGACAUUGAAUAGGAAGAGAAGGAAGAUGCCUUUUCAUACCAUAGUGAAAGGUUAGCCAUUGCGUAUGCUCUUAUUGCUUCUGAUUCUGGUGCCCCUAUUAGAAUUAUAAAGAACUUGAGGGUUUGCAACGACUGUCAUACAGCUACUAAGCUUGUUUCAAGGAUUUAUGAGGGAAAUUAUAGUAAGAGAUUGAUCUAGGUUUCAUCACUUUAGAAAUGGAACUUGUUCUUGUUUGGAUUAUUGGUAAAACUUUGUACACGUGUUACAUUAACAUUUAGUCUUCCUAAUUAAACAUGCCACCUCCCUUUUUUCAAA